UAUAAUCGGCGUGACUGGCAUCACGUUUGCUGCUAACUCUAUAUAUAUAUAUUUUUUUUUAAAGUGUUCAUUUGAACGUUUACUUUAUAUCUACGCUAACGUAUCUCACCAAGAUGGGCGACGAUGAGCAAAAGUAUGACGGAAUGCUGCUUGUUAUGGCGCAGCAACACGAAGGAGGAGUACAAGAGUUGGUGAACACGUUUUUCAGCUUUCUACAACGCAAAACUGAUUUCUUCACUGGUGGAGAGCAAGGUGCCGCAGAGAAGAUUGUGACGGAUUCCUUCGCUUACCAUAGCAAGCUCGCAAUGAAGGCCAACCAAGAAAAACAGACCAGAGAGGAGAAGGAGAAGAAAGAGAAGGCUGAAAGGGCUGCUAAGCUGGCGGAGGAGGAAAGGAAGAAGAAAGAUGACAGUGGACCCCAAAUUCGGGAACUGACUGACGAGGAAGCAGAAAAACUUCAAUCUGAAAUCGACCAGAAAAAGAAUCAAGAGAAAACUGGGACAACAACAACAACAAAAGUACAAAACAUAUCUGAAAAAACAGAGAAAGGAGACAAGGGGUCUGACUCAGAAGGAGAGGAGGAUGAGAAGGACAAAGAUAAGCUGAAGCCCAAUGCAGGGAACGGAGCUGACCUGCCCAACUAUAGGUGGACACAGACGCUGUCUGAAGUCGAUCUGGUAGUGCCUUUCGAUGUGAAGUUCCGCAUUAAGGGCAAAGAUGUGGUGGUGGACAUCCAGCGACGCUCCCUGUUGGUUGGCCUGAAGGGGCAUCCUCCUGUUAUUGAAGGCCAGUUGCACAAUGAGGUGAAGGUAGAGGAGAGCUCUUGGCUCAUAGAGGAUGGAAAGGUUAUCACCAUCCACCUGGAAAAGAUUAAUAAAAUGGACUGGUGGAAUAAGAUUGUUGAAACAGAUCCAGAAAUCAACACCAAGAAAAUUUGUCCAGAGAACUCAAAGCUCUCAGACCUAGAUGGAGAGACACGGGGAAUGGUAGAGAAGAUGAUGUACGACCAAAGGCAGAAAUCUAUGGGGCUGCCCACCUCUGAGGAGCAGAAGAAACAAGACAUUCUCAAAAAGUUUAUGGCUCAGCACCCAGAGAUGGAUUUCUCCAAAGCCAAGUUCAGCUGAGAGCUGCUGUGGUUGGCCCGCCCAUGGUGUCUAACUACAUCCAUGUUGCCUGUGAUUCAUGUGAAUCCUUAUCGGAGCUAGCCUCGGGCACUGAACUGGACUGCUUCUUCGACUGUCCCGUCCCCUUUAAACCCUCCCUGUAUAUAUAUAUAUAUAUAUAUAUAUAUAUAUAUACAGUGCUUUUCUUCAAUUCAGUUAGUUCUCAAUUUCGAGUCAUAACAAACUUGAAUACUGUAACUCUCCUACAGUUUCCCUCAGCAUGUGUUGUGAAUAUUUAAAGAUGUGUGUUUGGUUUUUUUUUUAAUAAACAUGAAUUCUUAUAUUACGUCAUAUCAUGUCAUACUGUGUGACAUUUUCCCUCUCUGGAGGGAAGUUAUUGAAUGUGACUGUAAUGCUUAUGCAAGGGUAAACGGCUCAGCCGGGUAAUUUGGCAUCGGCGAUAGACCGUCAUGGGGGAAGGAAGUUGGGGCGGACUGUCGGUGCCAACGUUUCACCUGCUCCUGUACAUUUUUACAAUAAAUCUGAAUUCACAAC